UUGCAUUUGGGGGGUCUCUCUAUGCACUCAAGGUAUUACAUGAUCAGGCCGCAGACCUGAGGAGAACACAGAGGCAGCAGCAGUAACAGGGAUUUAAAUGGAGACCACAUCCUCAAACGUGGAGGAGGACGACUACUGCAACAGUGAAGAUGAGGAGGAAAACACGAGCAAAACUCAAGAGGAUGAAAAUGACGCCCCGUGUGUCCAGAAACAGCAGAGCUCCUGGACUCCCUCGUUCUUCUACAGAAUGGACAGAGAGAUGCAUCACUUUGUGGGACAGGACAUUUUAAUACGAGAGGCACAGGACUCCUUCGCAGCUACGACGUGGCCCGCGGCGUCCGCUCUGUGUCGGUACCUGGAGCGACACCACACGGAGCUGAAUCUGGUGGAUAAGGCGGUGCUGGAGAUCGGAUCAGGAACUGGACUCGUGUCUAUCGUCGCAGCUCUUCUUGGGGCUUGGGUGACUGCCACAGACCUCCCUGACGCUCUGGGGAACUUAAGAGUGAACCUGUCGAAAAACACCAGAGGAAAGUCCAGGCACACGCCGCAGGUCGCCGCUUUGUCCUGGAGCUUUAACCUGGAGAGCACCUACCCCACCUCAGUUUACCACUACGACUACGUCCUGGGCGCAGACAUCGUUUACCACCACGAUUUCCUCAAAGAGCUACUGGCCACGAUGAAGCACUUCUGCCAACCGGGAACAAAGCUUCUGUGGGCCAAUAAGAUGAGGAUGGAAACAGAUCUGGAGUUUGUGCAAAAGUUUAAAAAGACGUUUGACACGAAGGUGGUUUUUGAAGAAGGAGAUAUGAAGAUAUUUAUGGCAACGCACAGAGAGGACGGAGAGGAGGAAGCAGAAGAUUUGAACGCUAAAUCGACAUGUGAGCGUGAGAUGCAGGUUCAGAGUGAGGAAGAGACAGAGGAUGAGGAAGAGGUUGAGGGAAAUGAUGAUGAAGAUGUAAACGCAGGUGUUUUGACUGGUCCAGAUGGUGAGUUUGAGAAAGAGGAUGAUGUGGAAAAAGUUGAUGCUGCAGUAGAAAGAAGUGAAGAGGAAGUUACGUUGAGUGAUACCGACAAAGACAGUGAAGAGACUGAAGAUGAAGAAGAGGACGAAGAGGAAGAAGAGGAGGGUGAGGGAAAUGAUGAAGAAGAUAAAAACAAAGAGCCAACCAACAGCCCAGAUCAAGGAGAACAGAAAAACGUCAAACCAUUUAACUGGGCCCCCUCCGUCAUCAGCUGCCUCGGUAAAGAAGUUUAUCAUUACGUGGGGACGGAUAUUAAAAUUUUUGAGGCUUUUGAUACCUACGGGGGCGUGAUGUGGCCCGGGGCUGUGGCUCUUUGCUCUUUUCUGGAGCACAACAGGGACAUGGUAAAUCUGGAGGAUAAGACGGUCAUGGAGCUCGGAGCUGGGACUGGACUCGUGGCCAUUGUAGCGAGUCUUCUGGGAGCCAAAGUAACAGCCACAGAUCUACCGGAAAUCCUGGGGAACCUGCGCUCCAACGUGAUGAGGAACACCAGGGGCAGGUGUAAGUACUUACCACAGAUCUGCGCCCUGCCCUGGAGCUUCGAUGUGGAGCGUACCUUCCCCUCGGCUCUGUACCGUUUCGACUACGUGCUGGCCGCAGAUGUGGUCUAUCACCACGACUUCCUCGAUGAGCUCCUGGCCACCAUGGCUCACUUCUGCCGUCCCAGAACCACCACCAUCAUCUGGGCCAAUAAGGUCCGCUUGGAGUCAGACUUAAAGUUCACAGAGAAGUUUAAAGAGGAGUUUAACACGAAGCUGCUGGCUGAAGAUGGAGACAUGAAGAUAUUUAUGGCCAAGUUUAAAAUGUAGACAGAGCUUUUGUAUAUUAUUAUAUUGUGUUCCAAAAGGAUAAUAACUCAUAGGGUAAAUUUCACUGCAAAAACAUCACCAAACCAAAUAUCGUUUCUUCUGUGAGUCUAAACAAACACACAAUUGAAUAAUGCACAGAAGCAGAGCCCGGAGCUUCAUGCCGAUACUUGUUACUUUAUGAUUCACCUCUGUUGGGUUUUGCAAGUUGGCAAUUAUGCUUUUUGUAUUUUAUAUUUUGCUACAAGAAAUAAAGAAUUGCAUUAAGUUGCAAUCCAUUUAAAUAU